AUGGGGUUGAAUCUCGAUAGUGUGGCUGCUGCUGUUGCUUUCCCGACCAGCGUUCCCUCGUCCCUCCGACUUGUCGUUCGUCCUGCUGUCGUUCUCGCUGACGGGUUGCGUCGCCACCUAGCUCCGCCAUCGCUGGCCGCUGUCGGGACGGAAGAAACACGUUGGUUUCAGUCAUUGCCCUCGGUGGAGAGUCGCAUCUCCUUUACUCUCCGUUCUGUUGCUGUCGCUGCUUCUGUCGUGGCUGAUGGGGAAGAUCGGCGGUGGGACGAAGAAAGUGAGGAGGGGUUGGCCUUUGCCGCCGUAAGCUGA